ACUUCGCAUCCCAUGGAGGCGUCACCACUGACACGCCAGCCUCAACCAGAGGUCUUCGUCCCCAAGAUCAUCGAGCUUUACUCAGCCCUUUUCAAGGAGGAAGACGAUGGCGACAAGUCGGAGGGCUUCUGGAGGGAGUUCUUCCUGUUGCGACCCGAUCGCCCGACGCUGAGGAAGAUCCUAAACGACAUCCAUCCGGCCGAUUUACUGCUCUUGGAGGGGCGGACGAGAGAGCUCUUUGGCCAAGCUAUCGCGGCAGUUAAGAAUGGCAAAGGCUCGGCCCCUCUAUAUGCUCUUGAUAAGCACUCGCACCCGAGCUCCGACAUUAUAACCAUACUGGCCGGUCUGGAUCACGUUGAUACUGUGUUUACAGAUUUCGUGAGCACGCUUGAUGGAAUCAUACGCAAUGGGACAAACUGUCUGACGGAUGGAACGAUGGAAGUGGAUCUGAGUCACAAGGCUAUUGAGGUGCUACUAGCCGUCUCAGCCGGCGCAUACCAGACGACGCUUCUCACGUACAUGAUACAGAGGGACCUCUUCCCCUCCAUUAUGAAGUUUAUUCAAAGUUCAGAGCAGCCUGAGCAAGGCUUGGAACCAUUUACCCUGUUAGGGAUACUCGCCAACUAUAACAAGUUUGAGUUCCAAAAUCCAUAUCAGCUACGCUUGAACGAUUUCGUCAACGACGCCGUCAUCCAGAAAGUCGUCCGCUGCAUUGGAGAUGCAUGUCAUACACUGCGAUCGGAUUACAUCGACAUUCAAGAUGACCUUCCGGAAGGUUGGACGUUGAGUAGUACUCUGAGCAUGUUUGGACUUGGGGCCAUUACGCCCGGACCAAAGCCGGAGAAGAAGCCUGUUUAUGACGCUGCAACAGCAAAGCAGCUGUUUACAAAAUUGCCUGGACAAAAUGCCGCCAUUUUGCUAGCAACAUAUGACUUUUCCCACGCGAAUAAGCUGUUUUGCUUUCAUCUCGUAACCCUGCCCGGCGAGAAGGGAAAAGAGCGUCCGAUGGCCAACUAUCUGUCACUCACAUCCUAUCUUCUGCAGCACUCUCACUUGUCGUCUCGAGCAACGUAUUAUGCACAUCUUAAUUUGAUGGUGUUCCGUCUGCUGAUCGAGGACCCGGCCAUUUGCAAAAAGAUUUGUAGCGACGAGUCCAAGACGUCGGUACGGCUCUGUCGACAACGGCAGCCGUUCUUGCCCCUUGUCAAGGGAGAGCGUGUCCUUGCCGCGUGCGUUCUCGAUACUAUGUUGGACGGCAUCAAUCACAACCUGAAGCGGCGGCUGGACGUCAGCCUCUACGUCCUCUGCUUGGGCAUCAUGCUACGGAUCAUCUCCUAUCUUUCACGGUCUCGAACGAGGUUGGAUUAUCACUGGUCCGAGUUCUUCCGGUCAUUGCUAUCGCUCAUCCGAUUCCUCAACACGUAUGCUUCGGAUCUGAAAGAUUUACAGCACAUUGACACAAUCCUCGACCAUGUCGUGAAUCUGGUGGCACUGUCGCUGUCUGCAGGCGAGGCCUUUUUGCCAACCCCGGCCGCAUACGACGACCUCUUUUACAAAGUAUUUGAGUCAGGCGAGGUGCUUGCAUCCUUCAAGGAGAGCUACCGGCUAGGAAACCGCAACAGCAACUCCAUUGACACGCUGAUCAACGUCAGCGCUCACUAUAAACAGAUGCUCACCGAGAGGGGCAGCUCGGAGAAGAAGCUGCCGAGCAACCUGACGACGCACCAAGUCGCCGAGGUGAUUAAGCAGGGCUACGAGACGCUCAGCAUUCAGGCGAAGGAGGGACUGGACGGGUGGGAGAGAUAUCGGGAGGCGGACGAGAAGAUUUUGCUCAAGAAGUUGGCGAGGACGGCGGUGGGGGAUGUGAUGGGUAUGGUGGAGCGGCAAAAUUACUAA